ACAUGUCAUGUACAUUGUAUAUUGUAAAAUUCUUUUAUUUAUUUUUAAUGUGCUUGUAGAUGGAUACGUUCCUUUGUGGAGCUAAUAAUCAAAAGUGGGACAUUAAAGAAUUAAUGGAAUAUUGCCGUCCUGAUCAUGGAUAUACUCAUGACAGUCAAGCUAUCCAGUUCUUGUUCAGAGUCCUCAGUUCCUACAGUACAACUGAGCAGCGUCAGUUCAUACAGUUUGUGACAGGUAGUCCUCGUCUUCCUGUUGGAGGUCAGUACACACAUACACACCAUUGUAUGAUGAUUUGUCCUUACACUUGUAGCAUAAGCUGCAUAAUGUGUUAGGCAAAAGCUCUGUUGGGUCAGAGUUGUGUGCACACACAUACCGUAAAGCGGGUAUAUUUCGUCUGGAAAAAUGAUCUUUCUAAGCAGGAUUAGAAAUCUUGUUUGUUUUAUUUUUGUUCUGAGUGGCCAUUUUGCACACGUGGCAUUAAGGAAACGCCUUUUUUCUUUUGGAAAAUAUUUGUUCCACAAGGAAUGAGAACGAAAAGAAUGAAAUUAAACUCUAACUGAAUAUACCUGCUAUGGCAUGUGCAUGUAAUUUUGUUUCUGCAGUCAGUGGUUAUAGUGACAACCACAAGCUAUGAAUUAAAUUAAAUUAGUAGUGCAACCCACAAUAGCUUUUUCAAAAAUCAGAGUUUAAAAAGUCAGUAGGAAAUUAUAUAAACCAUAGGUAUUGACUGUCACUGUGCAGGAGUAGUCUGGACACAAGGGCAGCAGUGCUGUCUUCCAACUGAUUUAACUUUUGUAGGGGGACUCACCCAUACAAAACCGUCUUCUUCUAUCUAAAACAGAAAAGAUAGAAGGAGAUUUCAAUAGACUAAGAGAGAAAUACAUGAACAUAAUUAGGAAGCAAUUUUUGAAUGGGACAAGCAAUUGUCCCUGAUUGUAAAAGAAACUAUAUGUACAUGUAUUUAAAGAAACUACAUGUACAUGUAACUUAAUUAAUGGUUGUAUGGUACAGUCGUGCAUUUAUUAGACUCAGUAUACCUGUAUUGCUGCUAUUGUUACUGACUGUCCAUUAUAAUAAUCUAAGCAGUUUAUUAUGUGUGGGUUAUGGUAAUACCAAUUUAUUGAGUUGAUUGUAUUGUGGGCUCAAGUGUAACAUAGACACAAUCCUUUCAAUGUUAGCCCAAACUUCCUUUGUGGUGAAACACUUAUAAGGAUAACUGCUAUAAUUUUUGCAUAGAGUAAAUGAUCCUUUUAAUAUACAGUUCAUUGUUAUGUACAUGACAC